UCAUCUGUUUCACCUGCUUCACCCGCUCCACCUGUUUCACCCAUUUCACCCGCUCCACCUGUUUCACCCAUUUUACCUGCUUCACCUGCUUUACCCGUUUCACCUGCUUUACCCGCUCCACCUGCUUCACCCACUUCACCUGCUUCACCUGCUUCAGCAUCUUCACAAGCUUCACCCGCUUUACCCGUUUCACCUGCUUCACCUCCUUCCCCUGUUUCAUCUGCUUCACCCGCUUCACCUGCUUUACCCGCUUUACCCGUUUCACCCGCUUCAUCCUCCUCACCUGCUUCACCUGCUUCACUUGCUUCACCAGCUUCACCCGCUUUACCUGCUUCACCCGCUUUACCCGCUUCACCCGCUUUACUUGUUUCACCCAUUUUACCUCCUUCACCUGCUUCACCCGCUUUACCCGUUUCACCUGCUUCCCCCGCUCCACCUGUUUCACCCAUUUCACCUGCUUCACCAGCUUCACCCGCUUUACUCGUUUCACGUGCUUCACCUGUUUCAUCUGCUUCACCCGCUUCACCUGCUUCACCUGCUUCACCCACUUUACCCGUUUUACCCGUUUCACCUGCUUCACCUGCUUUACCCGCUUCACCCACUUUACCUGUUUCCCCCUUUUUCAUCUACUUCACCUUUUAUUUUAUCUGCUUCACCCGUUUCACCUGCUUCACCUGUUUCACCUGCUUGACCUGCUUUAUCUGUUUCACCUGCUUCAACCGCUUUACCUGUUUCACCCAUUUUACUUGCUUAACCUACUUCACCUGCUUCACCUGCUUCACCCGCUUUACCCACUUUACCCGUUUCACCCGUUUCACCUGCUUUACCUGUUUCAUCUGCUUCACCUGCUUCACCUGCUUUAUCGGCUUCACCAGCUUCACCCGUUUCACCUGCUUCACCUGUUUCAUCUGCUUCACCUGCUUCACCUGCUUUACCCGCUACACCUGCUUCACCUGCUUCACCUGCUUCACCCGCUUCACCUGCUUCACCCGCUUCAUCCACUUCAUCCGUUUCACCUGCCUUACCCGCUUCACCUGCUUCGUUAUGAAGCAGGAUGAGAACCGCUUCAUUAAUCUGGUAUCUGAAUGA